AUGACCCCCAUGAUGCUGGACUAUAAUCUGGACUUGAACAGCAGCAUAUCCGGUCCGUCGAACGCAAGCUCGAUCUCUCGACUUGAAGGAGUCCAUCUGUUGCGAAACCAUCUCGCCCUCGUCUACGCAUUCGAGGGGCUGAUGGCGUCUCCUAUCCUUCGUCCACAACUCAAAGCGUUAUCCUUGGAAUAUCACAACGACGACAGGCGGUGCGAGCCUUUCUUCAUUCUAGGCCCCACCCAGUACCCUGCGCUCGAACACCUCUGCUUGCAAGGCGUCCCCAUUCUCCUGCUGGAUCCGACUCUUCGGCAAUCGUUCCCGCCUCUCACUCACCUCGUGAUUGUUCAGAGCACGUCUGAUUCUAUUCAUACCCAAAUCCACCUACUCAUGCAUAUCUGUCCCAACCUGAGAAACGUCGUACUGUCAAACGUAUCCCCGCAUGUCAACUCUCCUGGGGUGCCCACACCGCUCCCCGAGUCUGCACGCGUGAGCCGAGUCAUCUUGCACGACAUGAGCGGGGUCUCCUUGAGGUUCUACCUCUCGCUCUUCCCUCCUCAUCACCAUCCCAGGGCGCUCCAAGUAAUUCACGACACAUUACCGGUGUCUGGCUUCAAUUAUGAGCACUUGCUGAGAGACAGAAUACAAGGACGACCUACGCACCUACAAGUUGCAGUGUUCCCGGACAGCACGACGAGCAGUGGGGGUUUCAAGAUCUCUGUCACCGUCGCAACCGCUCGGAAUGCCGUUCGAGUAAGGUCCAACGUCAACCUGCUCUACAAAUCGCACUACGGCCUGCCCGACGUCUGGUUAAAUAGCCUACUCUGGGACGCAGGUGUGGAUUUGUCGAGUGUACGCGAGGCAUGGCUGGUGAACGUCGCUGCACCGUUCACUGCGCUCGUAGCACCAUUCAACUCGAGCGCCGUUGCCACUCUCCGCCAGCUGCCCGCCUUGGAGACUGUUGUUCUCGUCACAAUCGACCAUCCCAGCAACGGACCUGGGAACGCGUAUUGGCCCGACGUCUCCGUCCUACCGGACACCGCCCACGCCGACUUCUUUACCGUCCACCACAAGACGCUCCGCCUGGUGUACUACGAUGCGUGUCCGCCGUCCGUGUGCCCGUUCAGCCGGGAGAACAUCAAGCUGGGAUUUUGGCGCAUGCUCGAGCAGCUUGCGUCGGGGGCGUAUCGGUACCUCGAGCAUCUCAUCGUGCAGUUGUCGCCGCGAUUCGAGAUUGAAGACGCGGAGACCGUGGUAGGCGAGCUCGAGGCAUACUUCCGGACAGUCAGUAUCCAGCGCAUCGUGGAGAUGCCGCAGAUGCCUCUCCCUCCGUGUUGUGUUGAGCCUGAUUCGGGUCCGGGCGGCAGCUAUACCUGGACUGAUUCAAUUGCGUAA